AUGGACAGGAGAGAUGAGAGAAGGUGGAAGGAAAAGGUGUCAGUGGGGACAGUGAGGAUCGCGAAGUCAGCGUGGGUGUGGAACGACGGGAGUUCUUGCGGCCAGAGGACAAUCUUUACCCAGGAGGGACCCAGAGAUCACAAGCGAAGUCCAGGCAGAGACACAUACUGGGGCAGGGAGAGAAUUAUUUAUGAGAGGGGGUUCGGCGAAGACAGAGCCAAAUUGGGGGGCAGGACUGGUAGAGAGAGAAAGGACUGGAGUGAGGAGCGACUAUCCUGCGAAGACACAACCGAAGACGAGGAGCGAACCGGAGGAAUAGAGAGUCCCCGCGACCAGCAAAGGUUCCCUAAGGAGAAGGCUGGCGCGCAGGGCCGGGCUGGUGCUGAGGACAAAGCGCCAGGGCGGGAGAAGGGCUUUACGGAGAAGUGGUGCGAGGAACAGGAGAGCCAGGUCGCCUGGGACCCAGGGAGAAGAACUAGCCAGGACCGGGGGCGAGGCCGGGAGACAAAGGAGAGCGAGGAUCUACUCUACCUCAAACCCAGGCGCUUGAGCCAGGACCAGGGGCGUGGCCGGGAAAGAAGACAGAGCGAGGAUUUGAACUACUGCCACGCUCGGGCCCUGAAUCAGGAGCAGGGACGUGGCCAAGAGAGAAGACCCAGCGAUGAUCCUACCUACCGCAACGCUCGGCGUCUGAGCCAGGAUCAGGGGCGUGCCCAGGAAAGAAGACCCAGCGAUGAUCCGACCUACUGCAAAAUUCGGGGUCUGAGCCAGCACCAGGUUUGUGCCCAAGAGAGAAGAUCCAGCGAGGAUCAGACCCACCGCAACUUUCCAGGUCUGAGCCAGGAUCAGGGGCGUGGCCAAGAGAGAAGACUCAGUGAGGAUCAGACCUCCCGCAGCGCUCGGCGACUAAGCCAGGACAAGGUUCGUGGGCAAGAGAGAAGACAGAGUGAGGAUUUGAACGUAGGGGAAACUCGUGGGCAAGAGAGAAAGCGGAGCGAGGAGUGGGACCACCGCAACACUCGGGGCCUGAGGCAGGACGAGGGGCGUGGGCGAGAGAGAAGACAGAGCGAGGAUUCGAACUACGACAACAUUCGGGGCCUCUACCGGGACCAGGGGCGUGGCCAAGAGAGAAGAUGGAGUGAGGAUUCGAACUACCGCAAUGCUCCAGAUUUGAUCGAGGACCAGGGACCUGGCCAGGAGAGAAAGAGGAGCGAGGAUCUGAUUUCCAGAAAGACUCAGACUAGCGAGCACAGAGGAGUGGGCGAGGACUCAGGAAAGGAGAAGAAGAAGACCAGGAGUCGGUUCUUGAGCAGGGCUAGAGCAAAGAGAAAGGGGCGUGGGGAAGAGCAGUGUGAGGGCGGGGAACCUUGUGAGGGCGGAGCCAAGUCCGCUGAGGGGCGCAGUGGAAGGGAAAACAGGAAGGGCUCGGGCAAGGCAAGAAAAAAAAGAGACGUGGUGAAGAGAACUGGAACAGAGAAGAGCAAGGCGAAGGCAAAGGGAGAGGGAGAGACUAGGAAGCUGGGUGACAAGAGCCGCAGGGGAAGAGGAGUGGGAAAAAGGACAGGAACUGAGCGGUUUCCUAGCGAUCAGCCUCGGCUAGGCAACUUGCAAGUGGGUGUUGGUCCCCACGUUCUCCAGGUGUCCAGACCAGCCAUGUCCCCUGUCAGCCUUGUGUGGAUGAGAAAGCCAAACCUAUGGGCAUUCUGGGUACUGCGGCUAGUACUGUUGCUGUUGCUGUUGCUGAAGUCGUGGGCUGCAGAUGAUUUACGGAGGUGCACCUGGCUUGCUGUCCUGAACAAGUUCGAGAAGAUAGGCUCGCAUCUCUCCAGGGACCGAUUUGUCGAUCAUGAGCCCAUCGACACAGUGACCGAGGUGUUCAGAAAGUUGACAGAUUCGCCGAUUGAGCAGUCAGAGCAAUACUUGAGCUUUCCUUACUACCUGCAAAUCAACUUUUCCUGUCCCGAACAGAAUAGCGAGGAGCUGGCCCGAAAGGGCCACCUGAUGGGGAUGAAACCCAUGGUCCUGGUCAACUUCAUCUCCUCAGUCAAUUUUUAUGUUUGGGAGCUGGAAAAUAUGCAGAUUCUGAUGGAGGCUGCUCCAAUGCGCAGCACAGGGUACUGCCCAGCAGAGGCCAUGUGUAUCCUGAACUGGUACACACCCAUGCCCAUUAAAAAUGGCUCCGUGGUCUCCGAAGUGGACAUCUACACCAAUGGUAUAGGGCCCUUCAUUCCCAAGAAAAGGUUCUAUGUGAAUAUGAAUGGCUACAUGAGGACAGAUGCCAGUGGUAAGGCUGAGUUCACCAUAGGAUAUGAGAGCCUUGUUCUGAAGUCGACACACUUCAGGUCUUCAAUGUCCAGGCCCCUGUGGUACACUGUGAGACACGCCCCCGUGUACAUCCUCGGAGGCUUUUAUGAUGAAAAGUCCAUCCUGUUUUCAGACUCUAACUUUGAUGACUAUGUGCUCUUGGAGCUGAGCAUUGACAGCUGCUGGGUCGGUUCCUACUACUGUCCCAUCCUCGGCUUCUCAGCCACCAUCCAUGACGCCAUCUCCACCGAGAGCACGCUCUUCAUUCGACAGAACCAGCUCGUCUACUAUUUCACAGGCACAUACCCCACGCUCUACGACAGAAGCCGCGGCAGCAGCAGAUGGGUUCGUGUCCUGCCCAGUGAGUGCAUCAAGAGACUGUGUCCCGUGUAUAGCAGUGGCAAUGGAUCUGAGUACAUCCUGGCCCUCACCACUGGCAAGAAUGAGGGUUACAUUCACAUCGGGACCAUCACAGCUGGCCUCGUGUCCUUCCACAUGGUGCCGGAUGGCUGGUCUAUAUGUGAAAAGUUACCAGGUAUAAACUGCAGCAUCGACUGGGCUACAUACAUCACCGAUGAGGGGAACCUGCUGUUGUUGGUGAAAAUUGACUCUGGGCAAUUUUAUUUAGUCAAUUUUAAUACAGAGUCCAGCACUGUGGAUAUCCUGUACAAAAUACCACGGUUUAUCCCUGAAGCUAAGGAACUGGACUUCUUGGUGCUCCUUGAUAGGGAGACCUACACCAGCACCCCGACGACACCCAAGGGUUUGUACUUCAACACGUUGAACAACAUGCUGUACAUCUGGGGUAACUUCAUCCUGCAGAGUUACAAUAGGGAACACUUCAUUUUACUGGCUGACUUCCCCAAGGAGUUCACCAUCAAAUACAUGAUCAACUCUUACAAUGGACAAAUGGCCGUUGUCACAGAAAAUGAACAGAUCUGGUACUUUCUGGAGGGUGGCUAUGAUGUAUACCAGCUGAUCCCUUCCGAAGGCUGGAACAUCUUCUUAAACCUGCAGAAGUUGCAAAAGUCUCCCCUCUAUUCAGAUGAUGAGGCCCUGGUCUCCGUCUUCUAUGAGAAUGGGGAACUCUAUCAGCUGGUCUAUCUUUUUGACAUCGGAAAAGAACGUUUGGUCAAGAGGCGAGUGCCUGUGGGAACAGUGAUGGAGUACAACUUGCACAAACCCAUUUCAGUGGAGAAAAAGGGGAACCACAGUGUCCUCGACUUCCAACACGUGUGCCCGUUCAGGGAAGUUCAUGUAAUGGAUAUACCCAAGAGACAGCACGCAGGACGCUACGAGUGCUACCUUGCUCUGCCACCUCUGGUCUCUGAUUCCUUGGGCUUCCACAACAAUUUCACCCUGGCUGUCUUUCAAGGCCUCGUGUAUUACCUGCUGUGGCUGCACUCCAAGUAUGAUAAGCCCUAUGCAGACCCAGUGCACGAUCCUACCUGGAGCUGGUGGCAACACAAAUCACAGUACAAGGAUUACUUCUUUUACCUGUUCAGCAACCGGCUGGCAGCGGAAGGCAUGUAUAUCAACAUGAACUCCUACCAAAAGCUCUACAACAUCUCGAGCGACUAUGGACUUCCCGAACUUAUCUUUUUAGACAAGGGAAACUGGUUUAGCGUCACUGUGGUCUUAUUGUCGCAUGAGGACACCUUCACGAGCGCUGAUAGCAAAGGAGCCUUGAUUGAUGUGGAGAAGAAGCUGGCAGUGGCUGUGAUAAUAGCAGAUCCUGAGUGUCUUUCAGUAACUAUUACUGAGGAUGUCCUUCUUAAUCGCAACGCAGUGGUCUUCAAGAUUAAAAUCGUAGACCUAAAGAUAUGCUCUGAACAGGGCAGGACUGGACAUAACAUCAAGAAGACUUCCAUGAUGGCCAAGAUCUUGGGCGCUCCUGGGAAAUGCUUCCGGAAAACAUAUCUUGGGACAGUCUUUCGAGGUUUUCUGAUGGUACCAAUAUACAUCGGCUGUCCGCCGGGCAAGCGCUUGGCCUUUGAUGUCUCCUACACGGUUAAGCAUUCCGCGGAGAUAAACAAGCACUAUUUCGACUGUGUGAAUAAGGACCCCGAGAUGCCCUGCUUCCUCUUUCGUGACUUAUUCCAGCCCUUCUUCUUAGUCCAAGACUUGGUGACGGGCGACUCUGGCAGUUUCAUGGGCAGUUAUGUGCUGAAGGUGGUGGGCGGUGGUCCCACAAUGGACACCAUCAGAGACUACUCAGAAGAAGAAAUCUUCCGUUACAACAGCCCGAUGGACAAAACCAAGAGCCUCAUCUGGGUGACAAAAGUCAAAAGGACCACCGAUGAUAACAAAUUCUACAUAAUGUCCCACCAGAGCCCUGGAAUUGAGUGGCUGUGUAUGGAGAACUCCCCUUGCUACGACAUCACCCCCGAAACCAUCUAUCCCCCUGAAUUCUUCCUCAAGUUGUUAGUGAGCAAUAGAGGUGUGGACGAUAGCACAUACUGUGACUACCAGCUCACCUUUAUUGUGCACAUCCAUGGGCUGCCACUCAGCAACAAACGGUCCUCCUUCAUUGUUUUCGUGUCUACCAGCUUCUUCCUAGUGCUGGUUUUCCUCUACAUCGUGUUCUGCCUCCUGUGGCCUCACUUAGUGAGGGCCUGGGUCUCAUUACGCUGGAGGAUUAACAACAUCAUGGCGUCAGAGUCCUACUAUACAUAUGCCUCCUCCACUGGGGGCUUCAGCCUCCAGUCUCACAGCUCAGAGGGCAGUGCCAAGGCUCCCUCCAGAGCAGGUUCCAAAGAGAAUGUUCAAGCUAAGAGAGCAUAGGUGGCCUGAGUCUCUGGUCUGUCCUCUUCCUCAUAAACCCCUCAGCCUCUCCUCAUGGGAAUGCAGCCUGCCACCUACCCAGGAUUUUCUUGUUUGCUAGAAAGUUCAUGUCUCAUUCAGACCCUAGUAAGGCCUCAUUUCAGAAACAGUUCUGAGUCUUUCUGCUCGGUUUCUACCAGCACAUCUGUAGUUGACUGUCAAAAUAUCAGAGUCAUAUAUUUUCAAGAUGGCCCUGCAGAUAAAGGAGCUUGCUCCCAGGUCUGACAGCCUGGGUUUGAUGCCCAGGACACAUGAGAUCUAGAGAGAGCUGACUCUGGGAAGCUGUCCUCUGACCUCAACACUGGCC